UAGAGUGUUCCAUCUAUAGUUUCUCAGUGUUCGACAUAACCUUAAUAUUGUGUUGGCCGAUUUUGAUAUAAGCAGAGUUUAAAUUUUCGUGCAUCGUUAGUGCUAAGAAAUUCUAUUGCACCAUGACCACAGCAAAACAGAGUGUGAAGAAACAAAAAUGGGCUUUGGAUUUUUCUCAAAAAGCCAAGUUUGACAAGAGUGAGCUGCCAUUUCCUCCAGGCCAAUAUGUAGGAACGGGGUACAUGCAAACAGUAGAUCAUCAGAGAGAAUCGGAUUGGAAUCAUUUAAUAAUAAAGAAAUCCUGGGAUUUAGCUCUAGGUCCUCUUAAACAAGUACCUAUGAAUUUGUUUAUUAUGUACAUGGCUGGUAACUCCAUAUCCAUUUUCCCUAUUAUGAUGGUUGGAAUGCUUAUCAUAAGACCUGUGAAAGCCUUAUUUACGUUACAACAAACUUUCAAAGUGAUAGAAGGAACUCGUGUGUCAGGUCAAAAACUUGUCUUCUUCUUAGGACAAUUGGUUAACAUAGCAUUAGCAUUAUACAAGUGUCAGUCAAUGGGACUACUUCCUACGCAUGCUUCAGAUUGGUUGGCAUUUGUUGAACCUCAAAUUCAAAUUGAAUAUUCUGGUGGUGGAUUUAUAUACAUAUAAAAUAAACUAUACACAAAUUUAUUGAAUUAUCAAUUGUAUUUGCACAGAGAAUAAAUUAUUAUCUAUAUAUAGUUUCAAUUGUAAUCUUAUCCUUUAAUAGUGGCAUUUUUUAAUUUUAUGUAUAAAAACCUUGGCUAAGUGAAACUUAUAACAGUGACAAAGAUAAUAUUCUACAUUAUUUACAGAAUUCUUAAUAAAAAAUACAAUUAUACAGUAUUAUAUCAUUUUGCAGGUUGAUGCUAAAAU